GGCAAUACGGUGUUACGUGUCGCGUCGUUAGAACAGUAGUGUCCGCAAUUAGAACGUUGUAAUGUUAAUUAAAACCGAAAUGAUUUUAAUUAGCUGACAAAAAAAUCACAGUGUCUGCAAACAAACGUUGGUUACUGUUGAAGCAACUCCAAGUAGUAGAUGAAAUUCCUUUACAUUAUGCUGAAAAACAUUCGAUAAAAUUCCGUUACAUUACGUUGUAAAAGAUAGAGAUUUAAUAGAAAUUCAGAAAUUUCUCCAUUUAAAUAUUAGAUUACCUGACUAGGAAGACAUGUUUGGUUUAAUCACAAUUUAUUUGACUGUAAAAGUAGUAUUCACGAAAAUUACGACAUAUUUUGCAGACCUCAAAGCUGCAAAACAGAAGCCUUUACUGGAUAUACAUAUUGCAGCGUACCAAGGAGACAUUGAGGCAGUCAGGAAUGCAGUAAAACAUGGAGGAAAUAUCUACGCCAAAUGUAAAACAAACUUUGCAAAUAAACCAAUUCAUACUGCUGCGGAGCGUGGACAUCCUAUCAUCAUAGAUUAUUUUUUACAACAAGGAGUACCUAUAGAUAUCGUGAAUAAUGCCGGAGAGACACCUUUACACCUUGCUGCUUUAUAUAAUAAGACUCAAGCGAUGGAAUUCCUGAUCUCAAACGGAGCAAAUAUACAUAAAAAAGAUAACUGCAAGCGUACUGCUCUUCAUUUGGCUGCAAUGAGUGGUAGCGCUAAUAGUUUAUGUCUUCUAAUUAAACAUGGAGCUAACUUGGACGGUCAAGAUCUUUAUGGUUGGUCUCCAUUACACAACCAAAUAAAAGCAGUCAACUUUUUUCUUAAACAGGGGAUACCUGCAGAUUUUGAAACAGUACAUGGUUACACUCUCUUACAUGCAGCUUGUAGGUAUGGUAUAUAUUAUAAACAUACAGGGUGUUUCUAAAUUCAUUCGACAAACUUCAGGAGGUGAUUGCUCGUAUGAAAUUAAUAUGGGUUCUUCCUAUAACAAAAUUUCCUCAGCCCAACCCUUAAGGGUGAUAUCACCCAUAAAAGGUGGUAACUAAAAUUGAGUUUUUAUUUUUUUUUUAAAUUUCAGUAAAGCUAGAAACUUAAAAUUCUGUAAUUUUCGUGCACUCGCAAAGGACUAACCACGUGUAUUUUUUCAAUAUUCCUGUUACAUUAUACGGGGGUGAAAUUAGCAACCCUUACUUUAUUUCAUAUCAAAACUUUUUUUUCGAGACGAAGUUGUAUGAAAUAAAAUUUAACUUAAAAUCCUUGUUUUAUUUAAAACUUUUUUUUAUUCUUAAAUUUUUUUCCCAAAACCAAUAGCUGCAGAGAAAAAAAAUAAACAUCAUAAUAGCUGCAGAGAAAAAAAAUAAACAUCAUAAUUUAUAAUUUUUUUAAUAAAUUGAGUGGAAAACAGUAAAGAUGUAAAAUGUAAUACGAUUCAUAAUAAAUGCUGGAAAUGACCACCUCUAGCCAAAAUACAUGAACGUAGCCUACGUGUCAUGGAUUGCCGUACACGUUCAAAGAUUUGAGGUGUAUUUCUUAUGGUGUCACACGCUAUUUGAAUACGAUUCUUCAAAUCGUUGAUAUCAACUAUGGGUGUCGUGUAAA